ACAUUCUAACCUAAGUUAUAAUAACUACUUUAAUUUGACAUUGACGUUUAAUGUUUAUUUAUAUUUAAACAUAAUAAUUUUGCUAAUUGGAGUUAAAUAUUGUGUUCAGUUAUUUUAAAGUGUGGAAAAGAGUGUAAUCCAGGAGUCAUGACCGUUAUAAGUAGAAAAGUUCACAAUUACAACAACCCAAGUUCCAACAACGCAUCUGAUACAGAAUCAUUAAACUUAGGAAGUACUGCAGCAAGUGACUCCGAAUCAUUACAUAGUGAGCCAACAACUUCAAGACAAGUAAGACUGGCUAAUGUAGUACUGAAGGCUGAUGAUGUAAUUUCUUCAAGAGCUAUAGCUUUAGGAAAACGAAAACAAAGAAGAUACUUAAAUAGAAGUAUUUUGCAAACAUUAAAUGAAGAGGAAGAAGAUGCUACAGGCUAUGUAAAGUUGGCUGAUAAGCAUAAAACUCCAUUAACACGAUUACUGGAAGAUGAAACUGCUUUACAUUUUUGGAAUGAUUUCAUACAUAAAUCGGAAGAAGAGCAAGAAGAAUUUCUUAAAAAUUCAAAUUCAGGACAUAAAAAAGAAGUACUUGAAAACCCAAAAAUAAAUACACUUUAUUUUAGAAUUUCUUCUAAAAUAAGAAGAAUGCUAAAAAUAAAAAGGAAACUUCCCAUUGAUUUGUUACAGAAAAUUGAAACGGAUUUGCUUGACUUCUUUACUUCUUCCUCUACUGGUGAAGGGGUCUAUAUAUUAACUCCUAAUUCCAGUUUUGAAAGACUUUUAUUGCAUGGAAUUUCUCAGUAUCAUGGCUUAACAUCAUUAAGUGUUGUAAUGGAUGGUACUAGAAGUGUUGAGGUAUACAAAACAAAAUCAGAUUGGGCCCCCAAUGAUAUGUCUUUCUGCAAAUUUGUGGAAGAGCUUCGUAGGUAGUUAUUUGAGUGACUACAUUUCUUUUUACAAGUUUACUCUUUAAUUUACCAAUUUGUUAUGUUUUGUUUGUAUGUAUUUAUGUUGUAAUUUUUUGUAUUAUUUAUACAGUUAUCAUGAUUAAUAUAAUCUAUUGUUAGUUUAAUAAGGUAAUGAGUGUGUAAAUAAACAAAUGAAUAGCUGAAUUGAUUUCAAAAUGUAUAAAAAUACCUAAUGAUAUUUAAAAAUAUGUAUUCUAAUGUAAUUUUAAUGGAUUAAUUUUAAUACUUUUACGAAAAACUUCAUAGAAAGUCUUUUUAGAUAUGGUGUACACUAAUCAUUGCAUGUACUAAUUAUUUAAUAAGUUUGUAU